UUCCUUGAGUAAACACCACAAAAGGAUAUAACUCUUGGUACACAAUUAAGCUUUUACAAGUGAAUCCUGGUAGCCUGUAAUUCACACAGUCGCAGCUGAAAUAAAAAUCAAGACAUUUUAACCAAGAUGUUGUUCUAAAAAGCAAUAGCAAGAAAGUUUGAAGUUGUUAAAGAUUUCUCAAAUAACAUUUAAAAAAACAGCAAAUUUGAACCACCAGUAUGUGACAGUAUGUCCAUUGAUACUACCAAUAGUACAGUGCAAUACAAUGUGUCGUCACAAGCCAUCUUCUUUUGGAUGUGUGCAUUYCUAGUGGUUGGCUUUUCCAGUCUUGUCUUGAACAUAUUGACAGUAAUGAUCUUCCUACUCACUAGAAGUCUUCAUCGGCGUAGUUUCUAUUGCUUGAUAAAUUUGGCAGUGGCAGAUAUGAUAUACAGUAUUGCAAGAGCAAUUCACUAUUUCAACUUUUUUUCUUGGCCGAUUGGAAGGCAGUUUGAUUUACAAGUUUAUAUUGUGUUUUCUUAUAUAAMUAGUUACUCUUUUUAUGCAUGCUUAUUUUCAUUAAUUAUUGUAUCGCUAGACAGAGUUUUUGCAACAUUUUGCCCUUUUAAACAUCUCACAGCUAAUCUGAGUUGGUAUAUUAUUGCAUUUUUGUUUGCCUGGCUAUCACCAUCUUUGCUUUAUUUGUUACCUAGUUUUUAUCUGUAUCGUUUUUACACAUACAACUUAUUUGUGCGUAUUUUACUAUUUGCUCUGAUCUUACUGAAUGCWGUGUGCUACCUGUCAAUUUUUAUCAAAGUAAAGUGGCAAGCCAGAAUGCACCUGCAUCAAGAAGCUGCACAGAAUAUUCAGCAAAGAAGAGAGCAACGUCUUGCUGUCACAUUGUUUAUUAUGACCAUCAUGUCUUUAUUGACAUUGCUACCCUUCAGUGUAUAUCUGCUUUUCAAUAUUGGAUAUUAUAUCACAGAGCCUUUCCAAGUAUUUUAUUCAGUGGCUUUGUUACAGCUUGUGAAUUCCAUUGUAAACCCUGUAGUUUAUGUAUUUAGGAUAAAAGAGUUUAGAAAAUCUGUUGUAAAGCUACUUUCAAUGUGUACACGCAUGUGCCAACAACAAAUUCACCCUGAAAAUCUACCUAUGUAGGUGCAACUAAAAA